AUGGCGUCGCUACGGAAGCCUGAUGUCAAGAGAUCACGCAGCGCCGCCGGCCCAGCUACCGCCGUCGACUCCGCUGCAGCGCAACCGAGGCAGCUCGCUUCGGCGCACAAAGCUGCAGGCGACGGCCUCGAUUCGGCAAGCGACGGCGUGGCGGCGAGCGAGCCGGAGCUGUUGUCGGUGAUCCGCGGCGAGGUGCUGCUGGCCGACCCCGGCGUGUCGUGGGACGACGUGGCCGGCCUGGAGGCGGCGCGCGACGCGCUGCGCGAGGCUACCGUGCUGCCGCUGCGCCUCCCCGGAUACUUCAGCGGCAUCCGCGCACCCUGCCGCGCCCUGCUGCUCGCCGGGCCGCCAGGCACGGGCAAGACGCUGGCGGUGCGGGCGCUGGCCACAGAGAGCCGCGGGCAGCUCGCCUUCUUCAACGUCUCCUCCUCCACCCUCACAUCGCGCUGGCGGGGCGACUCCGAGAAGCUGGUCCGCCUGCUGUUCGCGGAGGCGCGAUCGCGGGCGCCGAGUGUGAUCUUCAUCGACGAGGUGGACGCGCUGUGCUGCGCGCGCGGCUCCCCCAGCGAGCACGAGGCGUCGCGCCGCUUUAAGGCUGAGCUGCUGGUCGCCAUGGACGGGCUGUUGUCGGGGACAGGAGUGGGCGCCGGCAAGAGCCAGCCCCACGUCGUCCUCGUCGCUGCUACCAAUCACCCCUGGGACCUGGACGACGCCUUCCUCAGGAGGUUCGAGCGGAGGGUGCACGUGCCACUGCCGGACGAGGCGUCCCGGAGGCGGCUGGCGGAGGUGUGCCUGCGCGGUGUGGCGACCGAGGAAGGUGUGGACGCGGCGGCGGAGGUGGCGUCGCGUACGCAGGGGUUCUCGGGCGCGGAUGUGGCUGCAGCGUGCCGGUGCGCGGCCAUGGCGGCCCUGCGGCAGCUCGUGCGAGACAGGGGCGUGGACGCGUUCGCUGGGGCUGGAGUUCGCACACUGCCACCACUAAAACCGCCACCAGACUCUCUAGCAAAUCCUUCAGCGACCUUGGAUAUGAAGCAGGACAGUGCAGCCAUCACAGGCUCCGUGUCAGCUACCCUGGUUGCCUGCCUAGCUGCUAAGCAAGAAUGCUCCACUCUGAGCCGCACUUUACUACCGGGUGAUCAAAAAUUGGGUGAUCUCAACAGUCGGGAGACCCAACAGUCAGGAGACCUCAACAGUUGUGAGACCUCAACAGUUGAGAAACCUGAGCAGCCAAGUGAUCUCAACAGUCAGGCCAUCUUGACACUCCAGAGAUGUUGGCACUUUUAA